UAAAUGUAAAAUUCAGACAAUUCAGAUGAAUGUUAUAGUGAUGAUUAGUAAGAAUCACCUAGGUUUCUAUACAACUUUAAAGAGAUAAAUCUUUAGAAUAAAACACUUUUAGCGGAAAUUAGAAUCAUUUGCAAAAAUCUAAUCUAUGUGAUUGGUUUAGCUCCUUCCAUAGCAAAAGAAGAUGUAUCAAACAUUUAAUUAAGUUAAAAAGCUAUUAAAAAAACCAGAGUAUUUUGGACAGUAUGGUUAAAUACAAAAAUUGAUUGUUAUUUAGAGUAAUACUUUUAAUCCACCUUCACAUGCUGCAUAUAUUACUUAUAGAAAUGAGUAGGAAGCAUCUCUAGCUAUUUUAGUAAUCAUUAUAUUUAAAAUUUAUGGCGUGUGAAAGAUUUCCACUUCAUGAUAGAUAUGUGAAAGCAUCUUUUGGUACAACCAAAUAUUGCACCAAUUUCCUUAAAGGAUAGUAAUGUAAAAUUAAAGACUGUGUUUAUUUGCACCAACAUCCAAAGGAUAAAGAAUCUACACAAGUCAUUAAAAAAGUAUGCCUCUAUUCUAUGCCAGG